GUUGGUGCUGGGUGUUGCUCCAUAAUCCACAUCUUGUGUCUUCUAUCGUAGUCAUAUGCUUUCUCUCUUUCCUCCUUCGUCUUUUUCAUAUCAAUAAUACAAAAACAAUACACGACUCAGGACAUACAUAUAUCUCCCCCAUCUAUCUCCAUUCUUCUCACUCCCCUCUCUCAUUACCUUUCCAAUCUCUAUUCAACAACCCUAAUUCAUCAAUUCAGUUCUUUCUUACUCCCUUUUUAAGAUGCCGUCCAUGUAUGGAGAUCGUAUGACCACUUUCGAAGAUUCUGAGAAGGAGAGCGAGUAUGGAUAUAUUCGUAAGGUGUCAGGGCCUGUUGUCGUUGCUGAUGGAAUGGCAGGUGCUGCUAUGUAUGAAUUGGUUCGUGUUGGACACGACAAUCUUAUUGGAGAAAUCAUUCGGUUAGAAGGAGAUUCUGCCACAAUCCAAGUUUACGAAGAAACUGGUGGUUUGAUGGUCAAUGAUCCUGUUCUUCGAACUCGCAAGCCGUUAUCGGUUGAGCUUGGACCUGGAAUUCUGGGGAAUAUAUUUGAUGGUAUUCAGAGACCGCUGAAAACUAUUGCUAAAAGAUCUGGUGAUGUCUACAUACCUCGUGGUGUGUCUGUGCCACCUCUCGAUAAAGACAUAUUGUGGGACUUCCAGCCUAAGAAAUUAGGCGAAGGAGAUCUUUUAACUGGUGGAGACUUAUAUGCUAUUGUGGAUGAGAACAGUUUGAUGAAGCAUCAUGUGGCCCUCCCACCUGAUGCUAUGGGAAAGAUUACGUACAUUGCUCCUCCAGGACAGUACUCUCUUCAGGACACCGUCCUGGAACUUGAGUUUCAAGGUGUGGUGAAGAAGUUUAGCAUGCUCCAGACUUGGCCUGUCCGUACACCAAGACCUGUUUCAUCAAAACUUGCUGCUGACACCCCUCUACUAACUGGACAGCGUGUUCUUGAUGCUCUGUUCCCCUCUGUUCUUGGUGGAACUUGUGCCAUUCCUGGAGCUUUUGGCUGUGGAAAAACUGUCAUUAGUCAAGCACUUUCAAAGUACUCUAACUCUGAUGCGGUGGUUUAUGUUGGUUGCGGAGAGAGAGGAAAUGAGAUGGCUGAGGUCCUCAUGGACUUCCCUCAACUGACAAUGACUUUGCCUGAUGGACGUGAGGAGUCCGUCAUGAAGAGAACAACACUUGUUGCAAAUACUUCUAACAUGCCUGUGGCUGCACGUGAGGCAUCCAUUUACACAGGUAUUACUAUAGCCGAAUAUUUCAGAGAUAUGGGUUACAAUGUUAGUAUGAUGGCAGACUCAACUUCUCGAUGGGCUGAAGCUCUGCGUGAAAUUUCAGGACGAUUGGCAGAAAUGCCUGCCGAUAGUGGAUAUCCUGCUUAUUUGGCUGCUCGUUUAGCUUCAUUUUACGAACGUGCUGGCAAAGUUAAAUGCCUUGGUGGUCCUGAGCGUACUGGUAGUGUAACAAUUGUAGGUGCAGUUUCUCCUCCUGGAGGAGAUUUCUCUGAUCCUGUGACAUCUGCUACUUUGAGUAUUGUUCAGGUAUUUUGGGGUUUGGAUAAGAAAUUGGCUCAGAGGAAGCAUUUCCCUUCUGUCAACUGGCUUAUUUCUUACUCUAAGUAUUCAACGGCUUUGGAAACAUUUUAUGAGAAGUUUGAUUCUGAGUUCAUUGAUAUAAGGACCAAGGCCCGUGAAGUGCUGCAGAGAGAAGAUGAUCUCAAUGAAAUUGUCCAGCUUGUUGGAAAAGAUGCUUUGGCUGAAACAGAUAAGAUCACUUUGGAUACUGCGAAGCUUUUAAGGGAAGAUUACCUGGCACAAAAUGCUUUUACACCAUAUGACAAAUUUUGCCCAUUCUAUAAGUCAGUUUGGAUGAUGCGCAACAUUAUCCACUUUUACAACUUGGCCAAUCAGGCUGUGGAGCGUGGCGCUGGAUCAGAUGGUCAAAAGGUCACCUACAGCUUAAUCAAGCUUCGACUAGGAGAUCUGUUUUACCGCUUAGUGUCACAGAAAUUUGAGGAUCCUGCUGAAGGAGAGGAUGCUCUUAUUGCCAAAUUCAAGAAGUUGAAUGAGGAUUUGACUGCUGCUUUCCGCAAUCUUGAGGAUGAAACUCGAUAAAUAGCUUGCAGCUGAUGAUCAGUUGUAAUUUGAGCAACAUGGCUCUUCCUUUAGGUUCGACCUGUUGAUGUUCCCCUCUUGUACAAGAAAAACAAGAGCACUCACUCAGACAGUCUUGCUUCCUUGCAGCCGGUCUUGGGCCUUUUAUGUCCUUUUUUUCUUCAUUCCGGGGCUUGUCUGGAUGUAGUCUUGCAAUGUUUAUGACUAUAAAUAUUAUGUCUGGUAUAGAAUAAAAUGGCUUUUACAUUCGAGGAUGAAAUAAGCGUUGUCUAGUUUAUGUGAAUCAUGAGACUGAAAACCCUGUAAUUUAGUAGGGAUAGAGAUCAGCAUUUGUAUUCUUAAUUUAUUUCCUUCAGACUGAUGAAGCUGACUGAAGGUUAAAUUUGUAUUGAGCAUUGGUAAUAUAGUAUUUAAUGCAAAGCAAGCAUAAGGCUCUUCCCAAAGAAGAAA